UCUCUUUCGGCUUGUUUGUCUGACUUAGAUAUUGUUCUGUCUAGUUUUAUACGAGUUUAUGGUUUUUAAUUCCGAGUUUCCUAAUGAAAGUUGGACAAAACUUCAAACUUCAAAUUAUGUUGAUACUUUGAUAGCUGUCGGUUGACGGGUUUAUAUUGAUAGUACCUUAUAAAGACUUGAAACUUCGUUGAAUAAAUUGUUGUCUAAUUACGUAUGUGCGUAUGAGUCAUACUUGAAUCUUGCAGUAUUUUUUCAUUGGGAUUGCAGUGUAUUUUUAUUGAAAAUCAUCAUCUAAUAUGGCUGGUUAUUCAGAAGACCAACUGUUAGAAUUUCAGGAAGCAUUCCAGCUGUUUGAUUCCCGUGGUGACGGCAAGAUUCAUGUAGCCCAGAUUGGAGAUGCCCUGAGAGCUCUCGGCCAGAAUCCCACCGAGUCGGAUGUCAAGAAGUGCACAUUACACUUGAAGCCAGAUGAGAGAAUAUCAUUUGAAGUGUUCCUCCCUAUCUAUCAGGCUAUCUCAAAGGCUCGCAGUGGCGACACCGCCAACGACUUCAUCGAGGGCUUGCGCCACUUCGACAAAGACGGCAACGGCUUCAUUUCCUCGGCCGAGCUCCGGCACCUGCUCUCCACGCUCGGCGAGAAGCUCAGCGAUGACGAGGUGGAGCAGCUGCUGCAGGGGCAGGAGGACUCGCAGGGCAACAUCAACUACGAGAACUUCGUGCAUCUCAUCAUGCAAGGCUGAGUCUUCCACCGUACUCUAGUGAGUAGCGGCCUCCACGGUACUAGGAGGUCGACGCGGCGCAUUUAUAGUGGUUGCUAGCACCACUUUAUAAACUUACGAUUCCGUAUAAUUAUGUAUUCCCAAUCGAUUAUAUUCCAAAAUUAAUCAUAAUUUAACAUUAAUUAUUGUAUAAAUAAAUAACUAUAAUAAAGAAAUAUUUGUCAUUACUACUUUA